AUUGAAUUCUUACUAAUGGGGAAGUCCCUUUGCGUUUCUUAGAAAACUCGUCACAAUUUCUGGUUUAUGAAGGAAAGUUAAUGUUUUCGAAUCCAACAAAAACAAAUGUCCUCUACAUAUUUAUGGCAGGGAGAUCUCAAAAUUUAGGUUCCUGUUGGGUUUUUCACGAGAAUAAUGGAUUCAUUUUGAGGGAUGGCGAAAUCGAAAUUUAAUAAUAUGCCGCGAGGGAAAAGUCCCAUCUUAAACACUUAAGUCACAACUAGGAAAUGAAUCCAUUCAAUCCACUGUUCUACAACCGAGUGUACAGAGUGGAUCGAGAGGAAACGAGUGUGAACAGCGAGAGACCCGAAUAACCAAAGAAAAUUUAUACAUGGUAUUAGCGCUUUGGAUGGAAACUUUUCCGGUCAAAGCGGACGAACAGCCAAGUUUGACGGAAAACAACGCCAAGAAAGUCGGUGUAGUUUUCGUAUUGCCAACCGAUCGUGUCCUUGCCGCUGACUGUAGUCGAGAUGGCGUUCACGGAGUCACCCGAGUCAUGGUCAACCACUGUGGUAAGCUUGAAGGUUGUAAAGUGUUUGUAUCCCGGAAGCCUUGUUCCCUUUGUGCUAAACUCCUCGUACAGUCAAGAGUUUCCCGGUGUGUUCUACCUACCAAUUGAACCAGAAUCGGAAAACGAAGGAGAAGUAGCGAGAGUGGAUAACCUCUUCAAAAAUAGUUCCGUCGGUCAAUCCGUGUUCAUUCCUUACGUUGAACAAAGGGUUUUGGCUAAAUUCGAGAACAGGUUACCGGAAGAGAUAACUCCAGAUGACAUCAGUGAGUGUCGUGAAAAGCUCUUGAAAACAUGGUGGAGCUCCAAGUGGUCUGCUCGCGCUCAGGAAAGUCUUCCUUGGCCAUGCUUUGAGGGUAAGAUGAAAUCUCAAGUUGAAAAUGAUUUCAUAUCCUUGAUGAAAUGGAUCGCCGUUGUCAAGGCGCCUAUGGACAAAGGUGUUGCUUUCCGUAAGGUUAAACUUGCAUCUGAUUCUCGUGUUGUUCCUGUUGACGUUGCUGACGACUUCCCAGAAUUUAAAACAGCUUUCCACAUGAUGGUUUUUGCCAAAAUGCUAGCUAGACAGACAGAUGACCCCAAGACUGGCGUGGGAGCUGUCAUUGUGAAAGGUCGAGUUCCGGAGAUAGUUUCUCUGGGUUGGAAUGGAUUUCCAUCCAAGGCAUUGUAUGGAGAGUUUCCAAGAGCUUCCGAUGACGACAAUGCACUUCAAAAAAAGUUCCCUUAUGUGAUCCACGCCGAGCAAAACGCUCUGCUGGUAAGGAACGUCAAGGAUUUGACAGACGGAAUCCUGUUUUUGACCAAGCCUCCAUGUGAUGAGUGUGCUCCGAUGAUCAAGCUUAGUGGCGUAAACACUAUUGUAAUCGGCGAAAAGAUAAAGGAGAGUCAAGGCGGAGAACUGUCAUACAAACUAAUUAAAGAGUACAUUGGAAACGGGAUCAUAACCUGCUAUCAGAUGGAGACCACAAAGACACCAGCAAAGCGACUGGCUUCUGAUCCAGAAACAAGGAAGAGACUAAAAUCGAGCUGAUCGAUUUCAAUAGACAGUUCUGUUAACAUUUAAUGAUACUGACUUCUCUCUGCUUCAGGAAAUUCAUCUCAUCAGUUUUUUUACUGACUCGUACUCAGGAAAUAUUAACCAGUUCCAAUGAAGGAUAAUAGUUCUUUAUAUCCCCAACAAUUGGAAUGAUUCCAAUUUUGUAAAAUCUACUCAGAUCCACCUGGGAGAUUGACAGAAGCACCACAAGUAAUGUUGAGUAACUACACUUUUGUGUGCUAUGGUGAAAGUAUUUCUGGUGAAAAAAUUUUCCUCAUUUUAUCAAUUUCUGUUUUCCAUGUCUGCUGUUUCUUCAAAUAUUUGCUGAAUAGAGAAGACAAUUGUAUAAUAAAAGGAUCUUUUUUAUAUCAACUUGAAAGGAUAAGUUUUAUGAACAAAACUAGCAUUCAGUUUAAUAAAGCUUUUGUUUAACUGUA